UAAAAAUAAAAAAUUGUUGAGCAAUCGUAACCGUCUGUAGUGUAAUAACAAGUAAGAACGUAACACAUGCAGCGAACAAGCAUUCAUUAAUUAAUGGCUGAAGAGAACAAAUCAUUCAUCGUCGAGGUUGAAAAAGCUAGGGAAGCCAAAGAUGACAGACCAUCCAUGGGACCUGUCUAUCGUACCACUUUCUCUAAUGAUUCCUCUCCUCCUCCCAUUCAAGGUCUUGAUUCAUGUUGGGAUGUUUUCAGGAUGUCUGUUGAGAAGAAUCCAACAAAUCCAAUGCUUGGCGUCCGUGAAAUAGUGGAUGGGAAGCCUGGCAAAUUCAAGUGGCAAACUUACAAAGAAAUUUAUGACAAGGUGAUCAAAGUUGGAAAUUCCAUCCGUGCUUGUGGUUAUGGGGAAGGAGUAAAAUGUGGCAUUUAUGGUGUCAAUAGCCCGGAAUGGAUUAUGAGCAUGGAGGCCUGCAAUGCUCAUGGACUUUAUUGUGUUCCUUUAUAUGAUACCUUAGGUGCCGGUGCUGUGGAAUUCAUUAUAUCCCAUGCAGAAGUCUCGCUUGCAUUUGUUGAAGAAAAGAAGAUACCUGAGCUAUUGAAGACAUUUCCAAAUGCAGCAAAGCAUCUCAAGACCAUUGUGAGCUUUGGAAAGGUUACUCCAGAACAAAAGCAAGAAUUUGAGAAGUUUGAGUUGAUAAUAUAUUCAUGGGAUGAAUUUUUAGAAGUGGGUCAGGAUAAAAGUUUUGAUCUUCCUGUGAAAAAGAAAAGUGACAUAUGUACUAUAAUGUACACAAGUGGAACUACUGGUGAUCCCAAAGGAGUAUUGAUAUCCAAUGAGAGCAUUAUUACACUCUUAGCUGGCAUAACGAAACUACUAGACUGUUGCAAUGAAUCAUUAGUUGAGAAAGAUAGAUACCUAUCAUACCUUCCACUUGCACACAUCUUUGACAGGGUUGUUGAAGAAGCAAUGAUUUGGACCGGUGCUUCAAUAGGUUUCUGGCGUGGGGAUGUCAAAUUGUUGAUGGAAGACAUAGCCGAGUUAAAACCAACUAUUUUUUGUGCUGUUCCCCGUGUGCUUGAUAGAGUCUACACAGGUUUACAACAAAAGAUUAAUACGGGGGGCACGGUGAAAAAUACGAUGUUCAAUUUAGCCUACACAUACAAGUUGCAUAACAUGAAAAGAGGGCAAAAACAUAAUUCGGCGUCUCCAUUAAUGGACAAAGUUGUAUUUAGUAAGGUAAAAGACGCUUUAGGGGGUAAUGUACGUAUUGUUUUGUCCGGAGCAGCGCCUCUAUCUAAACAUGUUGAAAGUUUCCUGCGUGUGGUGACUUGUUCUCAUAUUCUACAAGGAUAUGGUCUGACUGAAACAUGCGCUGGAUCCUUCGUGGCAAUACCAAACGAAAUAAAUAUGCUCGGUACGGUUGGCCCUCCUCUACCAUAUGUGGAUGCAUGUCUGGAAUCUGUACCUGAAAUGGGAUAUGAUGCACUAGCAACCACACCAAGAGGAGAAAUCUGUAUUAAGGGAAGUACAGUUUUUUCAGGGUACCACAAACGUGAAGACCUCACCAAAGAGGUUAUGAUCGAUGGAUGGUUCCAUACAGGAGAUAUUGGAGAGUGGCAACCUAAUGGAAGCAUGAAAAUUAUCGAUCGGAAGAAGAAUAUAUUUAAGCUUUCACAAGGAGAAUAUGUUGCUGUUGAAAACCUGGAGAAUAUUUAUGUUCAAGUUUCUGUUAUUGAAUCAAUAUGGGUCUAUGGAAACAGUUUUGAGUUCUUCCUUGUGGCUGUUAUUAACCCAAACAAGCAAGCACUUGAAGCUUGGGCAGGAAAAAAUGACAUGAAAAUGGAGUUUGAUUCUCUCUGUGAAGAUUCUAGGACGAAAAGUUACAUCCUUGAAGAGCUCGUAAAGAUUGCGAAAGAAAAAAAGUUGAAAGGUUUUGAAUUUAUUAAAGCUGUUCAUAUUGAUCCAGUUCCAUUUGACAUGGAACGUGAUCUUAUUACACCAACAUUUAAGAAGAAGAGACCCCAGUUGCUUAAACACUACCAGAAUAUCAUCGACGAGAUGUACAAGGCGACAAAUAAACCCAGUGCCUGAGAUAUGCUUUGGGAGACAAUUUAUUUUAUUCAUGUCAUGGAGCUUAGUGCUUACAUAAUUUCUUUUGUUGACUGUAUAGAUUAUUUUUUAUAUAUGGCAAUUAAUAUUUACAUUGCCACGGAUAGCUGCUCAACCGUGAAGGUAUAAAAAUACUUUGGUAGGUAACAUAAUACUGUCAAAAUAUUUAAUUCUUUUCUCUUCAAGACAAAUAAUCCCUAUAACUGUCGUACAAUAUUGAGAAGAUUUUCAAUGGAAUAUUGAGAAUUUCCAUGUUGGGUCAUUUUAGUACAUCUCAA